AUGACCGCCCGACAGCCUCAACGAGGAUCGCUGCCGAUGCGCAACCCUGCAGCGGCCCCAACCGGCACCCUGUCAAACCGUCCAGCAACCAGCAAUCAGUCCAUGCCAGCCGAGUGCGGCUCUUUGCGCCGGCGGCCAGCAGAUCGACAACCAGGCGUCCAUCCAGCCAUCCCCCAGCGCCCACGCACGUAG